UCUCUGCCCAUCCUUCCAGUUCUCAGUAACUUCCCAAAACUGCAAAAGCUGCUGAAUCUUUGGUUUAGUGUCGGCUUCCUCCUCCGGCUGCUGCAGGACUCGGAGCUUCACUUCAGUUUGCUGUGAACUCAUUGGAGCGGGAUUCAUUAUUGUCUGUUCUCUCAGGAUCUUCAUCAUGCUCCAUCGUUGUUUUCUCGUGAUCGGUGCCUUGCUCUUAUUGGCCACACCCCUUGUGGUUACCAUGGAGAGCUGCCCAGCAACAGGGAUGCCUGGGAUGCCAGGAAUUCCUGGUCUGCCGGGCAGAGACGGUCGUGACGGAGAGAAAGGACAGAAAGGACAGCCAGGGGCAGAGUGGCGUGGCGGCCACGGCCCUCAGAAGGGAGAGAAGGGGGAGCCAGGGCUGAUGGGAUUUCCCGGUAAACGAGGUCCGAGUGGGGAACCGGGACAAGCAGGGGCCCCAGGGAUUGGCGGACCUCCAGGAGAACCAGGAGAACCAGGGACUGUUGGAGUACAACAGCAGGCGGCCUUCAGUGUGGCCCGAGGAACCAGUGAAUACCCGGACAGAGCCAGUGUCAUUCGGUUCACUAAUGUCAUCACCAACAUCAACAAUGACUACAGGACUGACACAGGACGCUUCAGGUGUCGCGUCCCGGGAACAUACUACUUUGUGUACCACGCCUCUUUGGACGAGCGACUCUGUGUGCUGAUGAAGCUGGACAAUAAACUGCUGGCAUCAUUCUGUGAUCAUCGCCGCACUAGGAGACAGGUGACCUCAGGCAGCCUGGCGGUCUACAUGUCGAGGGAUCAGGAGGUUUGGCUGGAGACUAAAGACUACAGAGGGAUGACAGGAAAACCGGAAGGAUACAGCAUCUUCUCGGGCUUCCUGCUGCACCCUCACUGACCCAAUACAGUUUUAUACUAACACUCCAAGGCUGAAGCUGCAGGAAAAAUAAUGUCUUACCUUCACACUGACCCUUUAAUGUUUUUAAAGAGAAUAUAUUUCACAGUUUCAUGUCUUAUUUUCUUUUAUCUAUUCAGGUAAAUUCUCAUUGUGAUUCUUUACAGAGAAACCAGACCACCAAAGCAGCAUAAACACAUCAACAGUAAAACUUUAGUUGUAGACAAAAAUGUUCUUUGUUUUUUCCAAAAAAAAAUCAUGAAAAAUUACAAACCAUCAACUGAACCACUUGGCCGUCAACGUAACAUAACUUUACUCAAUUACUCACUGUAUGUCAAUGUUAAAUUUCCUGUGAAAACCGAAGUGUAUUUUGAAAGAAGACAAUGCAUGUAACGUCAACAACCAAUGCACCCAGGGUACCUUGUAUGUCAUAUGUGGACGUGGAAAUUCCAUGUUUAAACGUCAACGUGACGAGGUAGGAGUGAGAAUGUGUUGACAUGGCAGAACGUGGUUUGUUCCAAUGAGUUGGCUCCAGGAUUUCAGAGUCCUCAGCCCUCAGCCACGCCUGCUCCACCACGAAGGGUCCUCCCCAAACAACCAUGGUAGCUCAAAGACAAUGAAACAAAUGAUUAAUUUCAAACAAUUUCCCCAUGUAACCCUGCAAUGCUAAAAUGUGUGCACAUCAAUGUAAGGUUAAAGCAAAUAAACAGACUAUAAAUCAAACCAA